CCCCGAACGGCGGAACCAUGAGCGAUCCCGAAGAUCUAGAAGACGGAGAAAUUGAGGAUGACGAAGACGAUGAGGUGCAGCCGAUAGAUCCGCCGCUGGCCCAACCGUCACCCAGUGACUAUAAAGAAGACGUUGAGAAACCCACCCAACCAGACAAUGAUCGACGUGGCGGUGACCGAUUACAAUCACCCGGCCCAUCUCACGGCCCGACCCGGGAUCACCAUUCGCCGGCAAGCGGCGCCAAACCCAACCAAGGCCGCUCCAAACCGGGCCCGGUUGUGGACGAUUGGGGGGCAAAAGUGGAGAGUGCGAUCGCGAACGCACUGAAGAAGGAUGGCGUGCAGCCGCCGAUGCCGUCGGCUGCGAUCGGUCACAACGAUGAAGAAGAUAUGCCCGGCGGCGGUGGCGGCCACGCUGGUAGUGGCGGUGGCGGCAUCAGCAGCAGUAGAAAAUCGAGAAAGCGUAAAAAAGCAUCACGAGCAGGUGGUUCUGGCGGUGGUGGUGGCGGAGGAGGUGGUGGAAGUGCUGGUGGAGGAGAUCAUCAACCCAGCAGCAAACACCAACGGCUUGACGACGGUGAGCCGGACGGGGAAGAAAGGGGCGAAAUGGACCUGGAGUACGAAAUGCUCAAUAUGCGAGGCGGAAGCCCCCAGGCUGGAGGUGCGCCGGAAGUAUUGGUGUCCGCCGACUCCGAAGCCGACACUCAGUACUCAUCCGAUGGGUCGUCGUCGGUACGUCGGGGUGAUCGGGACCGGGCACGCGAUCGAGAGCGGGAGCGGAAUCGAGAGCGGGAUCGGGAGCAGAGGGUGGCGGAUCGGGAACGGGAGCGAGAGCGAGAAUACAAUCGCAACAAGCGGAAACAGCAGAAGCAACAGGGAAGACAGAGGAGUCGGAAGGAAGCGGGACGGGACAGUCGGAAGCGGAAGCGCGACGAUUCGGAUGACGAAAAAUAUCGCCCGACGGGCCCGCGCAAGAUGGAACUGUGCAAGUUCUACCUGAUGGACUGCUGUGCGAAGCGGGAAAAGUGUCUCUACAUGCACAAGGAUUUCCCGUGCAAGUACUACUACCUGGGCAUGAAGUGCAAGGAGCGCGAAAAGUGCCACUUCAGCCACGGCGAACCGCUGACGAACGAUCUGCGGCUCAUCCUGCUGAAGCACCUGGAGACGGCACCGCAAGAGAUUCUGGGCGACUUCCAGCGCAUCAACCGCGAGACGGCGAUCGGACUACUGAACACGACCCACCGGAAGCUCUUGGAACGGUACGGCCGGCAGGACCCAGCUAGCGAUGGUGGUGGUGGUGGUGACGUCAAGAUACCCUCCCUGCUGGAUUCGUUGAGCUCACCGCACGGGGUGGGCAAUUCGAGGCAGCACCGCAGUAAGAAUUCCCGAUGGCGCGAGAGGCCGGAUCAUGAAGACCCGACGACGCCCGACCGCGAGGAGGACGAUGUGAAGGCGCACGAUGGUGAGCCGCUAAGUUUGCACCACCUGACGAGCGUCAUAACGGCCACUCAGAUUAACGACCUCGAGCAGAUGGGCAUUCGGACGUUGGACGAAAUCAGCCAGCUGACGGUGGCGCAGCUUAACGAUCUGGGGCUAAGCAUAACGCAGAUUCACGAUCUGCAAGUGAAGGCACUGAGUGUGAAGAAGUUCCGCAAUGCCGGUGGGCAAGCGCCGUCGGGGGGCAUGGAUCGCGAAGGGGACAGGAGUUCGCUGGAUCGUUCGUUGGGGACAGCCGGUGCAAAGGAUCUCGAUAUGCGGAUCCUUCCGGGGUUAGAAGUACCCCCGAAGACGGUCGAGUCCGCUACCAGCGAGCACGUUACUGGCGCUGGUGGUAACAAGGAUGUGGACAUGAGAAUUCUUCCUCCGAUCGAUCGGUUAGAGUCGCAAAGCGAAUCUCAGGCGGAGGACAGCAGCGCCACUAGUAAACCGCUGAUUCCGCCCAGUCUGCUCCUCAAGCCACCGACCGUGGACUACUCCCAGUACAUCAAAGACUCCAACCUGGACGAGGACGAUCUGAACGCAACCGACACGGGCUGUUUGAUCAGCAACGACCCGGAAGACGAAGAUGACGAAGAUGACGACGACGACGACGACGAGAACCAUCUCAAGAUCAACAUCGAAGAGGAUGAGGAGGACGCGAAGAAGGAGCUGGAGGACGAGAACGAGGACGGUCAAAAGCAGCGUGAUGGUGCCCAGGCGGCGAACGAGGAGAGCGGUAUGCUGUUGCCGCCACUUGUUCCGCCCAAGAUCGAUUACGCCCAAGGCCUGGGGGAUUUCCUACUCUACGGAAGUCUUGACAAGUCCGCGGCGAAGAAAGUUUCCCCACCGCGUUCCGAAAGUUCCCCGGUCACGGCUUCCUCGAAGGAUGAAAAUGGUUCCACUCUCACCGACCUCAACGCCGACGAGGUCUGGACACCGUCCAUGUCGUUGGAUAGCGAUCGAUCCACAACGAUCGCCCCGGCUCCGGCGCCGAAGCCAAAGCCGACCGCUAGGGCGCCGAUCAACAAACGGCGAAUAACGAGUGGACCUCCUUCGAUAUACGAUCGGGACGAUUCGGAUAGCGUUUCGUCACCAGAUGGUCCUCGUUCGCCCGUUUCGGGUGGCUUGGCUUACGGUCGCUCUGAUCGGCCCCUUCCGUUGGAUCUAAAUGACGACGAGGCGAGCGAGUACGGUGCCGACGGGUUGCGGUCACGUAACUUGGGAUUCCCGUUCAAGCCCAUGAUGGGCAACUACGUCCCGGCGACGGAGAUCGAUGGUUCGAUCGGUUCGCACGCUACGAUCCAGUAUAAGGUGUACGUGGUUGACAUACCGAAGCCCAACUUCAAAGCCCUCCGACGCUCGAUGCAACGGCCCAUGGGCACGAGGGAUCCGCGACUGCGCCGGCUGUUCGGUCUGCACAGUGACGAGGAGGACGCGAAAGAUUCCCACGACGACGGAGACUCCACCGAAGGGAUCAAGUCACCGGACGCGAGUUCUAUUUCUUCCCCCCUCUACGGUGUUCCGCCGCACCCGGCGUCCCUUCCUCCUGCGCCACACUCUUCCAUGCCACCACAAAUCGUGCCAAGCGCCCCACGAGUUGAUCCUCGGAAGCGACAUGCCGAGGCCAAACAAUUGGCUCAGCAGCAGCAGCAGCAACAAUCGGAUGGCGGGACGGCACCCUUCGGUAACCUUCCGCCACCGAUCCCCAACAGUGCCCCGACGACCCAGAUGGACGUGCAAACGAUCCUGCAAAAGUCCGCCUGGUACAAGGAGCUGGGCACGAAGCACAAGAUCAUGGUCAACCAGCAGCUGGCCAUCCUGUCGACGGAGAUGAAAAAGUACCACAGCUCGGACCGUUCGACGGAGCGGCUCAGCGAGUUCAUGAAGUUCCUCGGCACCAACAGCAUGCUGCAGCACAUCCUGACCUGCCUGAACGUGUACGUCGACCACACGGUCGCGUUCUGCGAGGUGGCCGUAGUGCCGAACCUGCCACCGCCAAGCUUCCUACCGAACGUGCCGCCGCCGUCCCUCGCGGUCGGGGGUACAGCGGUUCCCGUGCACUUUCCGCCGCCCAUCAACGUUCAGCCGCUGUUGAACGUUCCACCUCCGAGCGCCAUGUCGGGCGGGCCACCACCCCCCUACCUGAACAUUAACGGUUCCCCGGGCGGCGGUAACGGUAACAAUCCGCCACGGUUCGGGCCACCGAUGCCGGCUGAACCGGGAUCGAACGCACUUCCGCCGGGCCUGCUCGGUAUAGCGCCCAACAUGCCGUUCGAACAGUUCCUUGCGAUGGGCAACAUUAACAACAAGGGUGGUCCGGACCACGGCGGAGGAGGAGGCAACAUAAUUCCCCCGUGGACACAGGGCAACCCGAACAACAACAGUAUGCGGAACAUGCGCAACAACAAUCGCAUCGGGCAAAACUUCCGCAACAACAACGAUCGGUGGAACAACAAUGGCGGCGGCGGCGGCGGUGGUCCAGGGAUGAUGGGCGGAGGCCAAGGCAACAAUGGUAACAACCGGCGCAACAACAAUCGGCGGAUGGAUCGGAAAAAGUGAAAGACUCCAGUGCAAAACUCAUCGUGAUCGCGCAGAGAAGGAACCCGGUCGUUUUGGUUCAUCACGGUGCUGGCCAAUUGAUUGUACAGAUAGUAGACCGGGGGAAAGGGGGCUUAAUCCUGACAGCGAUAGGCAAACUAUAAAUGGGAGCGGAGGACCCAGGACGCCAAGAAUACGGCUUCCGUUAGAAUGAUAAGCGAAACUCUGUCUCUACUCAAGCGUGAAGGCGAACUUGCGGCUCGGCCACCGACCGACAGUCGGCGCAUUCACUCACAUUACUGUUUCACAAUUACAACACUAGACUGAUGAAGACUAAUGGUAACAUAUCGCCGUCUGGGUAUGUUAACAUGAUGUGACCGCAAAUUAUGUUGGCGUAAAAAAUGCUUUUUAUGUACAUUAUAAUUGAUGGAUCGUUCUAUUAAAUUAAAUAAAUC